AUGACUAAGAAUGUGAAGAGGGAGGACGCGGAGGAAGAGUGGGAGGACAAGGAAGAACUGAAAGACGAGAGGGAGGGAACAGAGGAAGAGUGGAAGGACUUGAACAUACGCGUCAAGUUUGUAACAAACAAGGAGAAAACAAGGGUACUAUUUGCGGAAGCUGGCAGUGAUUUUGUAGAUGCUUUGUUAACUUUCUUACUGUUACCAUUGGGAACUAUUGUGAAAUUCUUAAACGAUCACUACGAUAAGGCUUUGGUCAUUGGUAGCUUGAGCUCGCUGUACAAUGGCUUAGAAAAUCUUGACAGCAUCCAUUUUCUGAAUGAAGAUGCUAAAAGCGUGCUGCUUAACCCGAAAGGUCUUGUUUCUAAAUAUGAUUGGCCUAGAUAUGAAUCGAGCCUCGCUGAAAGUACAGCUUCCUUCGCCAUCAGUGAUGAUCUGAGGGUGAUGGGUGGCGUGGAAGGCUCUGUCAUGUCUACUCUCAACAGUCUCGGCAUCGCUUUGACAGACUUGGACGGGGCUGAGAUAAAGGAUGUUACUUUUGAUCUCGAUGAGAUUCUGGAGUUACUGAUAUUAUCUUUGGUUGCCCGGAAUCCACUGAGUGGCAACCUGCUCAAGAGCUAUCUGCCAAUCAUCCGAACAAAGCAGGGGAAAUCCCUGAAUCAGAUUGGCAAGGAAACCCUUUCCACAAACUCCAAGAAGAUGAUUUUGAAAGCAAUGAUGCAAAAAUCUACUAACAAAUUGCUGUUUGCUCAGGCAAAACACGACUUUGUGAGUUUUCUUUUCGGUUUGCUCAGCAUUCCUUUAGGGAGGGUAGAGUGGUAUUUUCACAGCAACGCCGGAGUUAAGGCCAUUGAUAAUUUGCACAAGAGCAUUUCAGAUAGUUUGUUCAAAAAUAGUCUGAUGGGUCUAGAGGAAAAAAAUAUGCUAAUCAAACCGUCCUUGUCGGGCGACGACAACAAUGAUGAUAACGAGUAUAUUCCCCUCAAUUUCGACCCGAGUGGGAACCAGUCUCAUGUUAGAGGAUCAAGAAUGUAUAUGGUAAGUGAUGAUUUAACCGUUGCACCGAUGAGUAUAACCUCUAGUGUCUCUGUUAUCAACGAGCUGAAGAUCCCUCUGUCUGAUGUGGAAGAAGUGGAGCUCAAAGUUGGGUUGGAAGAGGGUUUAAGCAUAUUGAGAGCGGCUCUUACAUCGACCAAAGCCCUGACUGAAGGCCUUAUAAAGCCAAUGCUGAAGAAUCAAGAAAAGCAACAAAAUUAAGUCAAUCAAUCCUCGUAGACUCAUUUUGAUGUAUAGACUUAUUUUGUGACAUAGUUGAUCUAAUCCUAGGCUGAUUUCACUAGCAAUUUGCGCUUCUUUUUUUGCUACAUGUGUUCUAGUUUUAGCACUUACUCAUCAUUUUCUAUUAAGCAUAUUUCUUACCAUCUUCUGUUAA